AUGUCGGUAUUUCUGGACCUGUGGCACGCCUUUUGGGGAGUCGUCUGUUGGCCGGCCCCAAAACCCAGCACGAGCCAACCCCCAAAUGCCGCUCAUCAAAGUGCCGAGACCUCCGACUACCGGGUGGCCGUGUUCGGAGCGGGUGGAGUCGGAAAGAGCAGCAUUGUACAAAGAUUUGUAAAUGGCACCUUUUCCGACAAUUACGUCCCCACGAUUGAGGAUACCUACCGACAGGUGAUCUCGUGCAACCAGAAAAACGUGUGCACGCUCCAAAUCACGGACACCACCGGGAGUCACCAAUUCCCGGCGAUGCAGAGGCUGUCGAUCAGCAAGGGCCACGCCUUCAUUUUGGUGUAUGCGGUCACGAGUCGCCAGAGCCUCGAAGAACUGGGUCCCAUCGUGAAAAUGCUGAUGGAAGUCAAGGGGUCGCAGCUGUCCGAAGCACCGAUAAUGCUCGUAGGGAACAAGAAAGAUGAGAGCCAGAAGCGCGAAGUCUCCACCGAAACAGGGCAAAAGCUCUCCGGCCGCUGGGGCACUGGCUUCAUCGAGACGAGCGCGAAGAAUAACGAGAACGUCACCGAGCUCUUUCAGACCCUUCUCUCGAUGGAGAAGAAGCGUCAGCUGGCCCUGACCAUGGAGGACCCCGAGGCGAAGAACGGGAAGAAGAAAAAGUGCUCCGUGAUG